UCCGAGUGGAGCACGCUGUAGGUAAACUACUGUAGGUACUCCCUCAGCAGCACUCUCUGUGAGUACUUAGUAGCUAUUUAGCUGUUUCUUGUUACCGCACGCCCUCCUUGUGUCGGCAUAUACAUACAGCUGCUGAAAUAAACUUAAACUGCUACAUACGUAUGUACGUUUAUUCCUUUUGGGGAAGAUACUGACACUCUGCUAGAAGCCAGUAUGUUAUCCAGAAAGAGAUCAACCUCUGCCGAGUCAGAAAGCAGACGGACGAAACCUCGUUUGUGUUCUAUUGAUGCCGAUAAUGCUUCACAGGCGAUGCCACAAACCGCAGUGAAGCUUGCAUACUCAACCGUCUUGCGAAUGGCAGGACCUAUAUCACCUGUCGCAUUCCAGCAGCCCUCGUCUUUGUUAACAUUUUCCUACUCGCCGUCACACGAACUGGAGUUCACAGAUUCCGCGCUGAGAUACUAUGUUCAUCCGCCAAGGAAUGCGGAUUUACGGCAUGGUUAUGACCGCUGGAUACGUCGGCCGGAAGAGCGAGGAAGGAUCGACAAUCUACUUCGAGCGGUCAUCAGAGUUCGCACCAACAUGGAUGCCCAGGACCUAAACGGGGCUGGUUGGCUUCGAGACAUUGGGAUCGUUUCGUGGCGAGGCGUCAUGACGAAGAUAAUGACAGCACCGUACGAAGAACGAGACUCAUGGGAGUUGAAUGUCAUGAUGGUUGAUGGGACCUUGUACUUUGAGGAGCAUCUCACUGAGAACAAACUUGCAGAAAAGAACAACGUUGCACCUCACCACCGGAUGCAAAUGUACUAUGGUUACGCCUUUGAGUCUUAUUGCACUUCAUCUACCCCAGCACCUUCGAAAGGUACGGCAGCGGGCACUUGGGGUGGUGAUGUAAACACCAAUGUCCAAUGGUGCAGCGUUGUAAAAACGAAGUUAGGUGAUACCAGAAUUGUCAUUGGCGGCGAAGUAGAUUGUGUGCGAGGUCAUUUUACGGGGAAUACGGACAGUUUUGUGGAACUGAAGACAUCUCUCAUUAUUCGGGGAGCUCAGGAUGAAGCUCACUUUGAAAAGAAAUUGCUAAAAUUCUACUUCCAAUCGUUCUUGCUAGGUGUCCCGGAGAUUGUGGUUGGCUUCCGGACCGCCGCAGGACGACUGUCAAAGGUGCAGUCAUUUAGAACGAUGGAAAUUCCCCGACUUGUCCGUAACAAGCCCGGAGCCUGGGAUCCGCUUGUAUGUCUGGACUGGGGAAAGCGGUUCAUCGAGCUCCUCAAGUCUACGAUUGUCUCACGUCCGAGCACUUUGGGCGAUCCACUACCAGUUUGGAGAGUCAAGUUCACACCUCGCUCAGGUGUCACUAUUUCCCCAUUGGACAAACCGGGCCUAGACGAAGUUGUGAAUGGCGAAGAUCGAGUUGGAUUUUUGCCACAGUGGUAUUUUGACGACAUCCGUAGCGCUGAGCGUCGAUCGUCUGAGUUGCACCCUUCUGUGAACGCACGUUCAGCGGGGCCCAAUGCGUCCCCGGAGAAGACAAGCACCUUGCCACCCGGAUGGCAGAUUUAAUCCUGCAGGAGCAUAUCCGAUUCAUUGCAACCAGUCAAAAGUAAUAUCAGGUAUGCGAAACAUUAUCUCCAAUACGCCUCACUCCUCAACGGGGCAUCUUGAUCCAGUUGCAUGUAUGUGUCAGUCUGUAGAGUAUGGUCAGUUCCACGUCUAAGUCGAGUAGGCAGCAAGCCGCUGACCUCCAAUAUCUCGUUCACAGCAACACAUCCAAGGCGUAUCCAAAGUCUUGCCAAAAUUCGUGUGCAAAACGAGACCAGGCAAGAUGAUUAAACGUAGGAUGUUAUCAUUCCUAGGAAUCUCUUUGUAAGAGGGCAUCGGAGAAAGUAGUCUGGCGGAGCAAUUUGGAAGUCUCUCCUGCUGGUCUGGCAUUUCCGCCAGUUCGCACUAUGACUUCAUCCGUUAGAGUUCAUUCCGACGUCUUUUGAAGAGCAAUCUACCUUCCACUCCGUUUUGCUUCCCUCUCUCAGCUAGCUGGUUUCACAGCGCCUUUAUCUCCUUUGUGGACAGUAGCAGCGGAUUGACCCACCCAUUCGAUGAUCUGAAAUCCGAUGAAGGUAAAUCACACU